AUGGAAGAGAGUCGGUUUAGAUGGGAAGAGAAGUUUCAGAAUACUUGGGAUGGUGCGGGAAAGGAAGAAGCAGCCCAGGCUUUGCGAGUGAAUAGAAGAACUGAAAAUGUUCAACGGGGAGUGGUUAGACGGGUGCUUUUGAUCGUAGAUAUGUCUGAGGCAGUAGAGGAGCGAGAUUUACUGCCUUCACGGCGAUCGCAUAUUAAGAAUGCGGUUUGUGGUUUUUAUCGGGGCUUUAGUGAAAGUAAUCCCCUCUCAACUUUAGGAGUGGUUGGUGUAGCUGAUGGGACGGCUCAGAUGGUGGCCUCAGUAGUGGCUGAAGAAGAGGUUUUGGAGGAUGCUCUUGGGGGCCGGGCGGGAUCAGGGCGAUUUUCGUUGUUUGCAGCCUUGGAGGCAGCUGCUGUGUUCUUUCAAGGCAGUCAUUUUUUGAAAGAGAUUAUCUUGAUCGUUUCUUCUUUUUCCUUUUUUGGAAAAAGUCCGUAUCAACAAAUCAACAAUUUAUUAGCUAAAGGAGUUAAGAUACACACGGUGCAUAUGGCGGGUGAGAUGGAUAUUUUACGACGGAUGAGUACGGAAAGUGGCGGAGUCUUUGGUGUGGUUACAGCGCCGGAAGAUUUAGGGACUUUGCUGGAUUUGGUUUGUGUGCCGGCCCCGCAUAGCUCGGCUGUGCGUCUGUCGAUGGUCCAAGUAGGAUUUCCAGCAGUUAUUCAUGAGGAAAGUAUUUGUGCUUGUCACUUGCGUAUGACGUCAGCUGGAUACGAAUGUCCUUUCUGUACAACGAAGGUCUGUAGUCUACCGGGCGUAUGCCCAAUUUGUGAAGGAAUACUGAGUACAGCUGUGCACUUACUUAAGGCCUUGCAUUGGACCGACUCGGCGCCAAUGUACAUAACAGCGGAAGGGGGUGAAUGCCGAGUAUGUCGGACUAAAAGUAGCAGCCGACAUGCCUGUCCGGGCUGUGACGCACAAGUUUGUCUGGAAUGUAGUGCCUUUGUUCGACAGGAGCUUAACUUUUGUAUCUUCUGUCCGAAUUAG